AUGCCGCACUCGCCGGUCGAGGAGAGAUGGCGGUCAACGCUAUCGGCUGUCUCAUUGACGUUUGGCAUUCUGGCAUCGGCCGUUUUCGCUCUUCGCGUAUACGCUUCGAGGUCCGCAUCAUGCAAGAUGCGGGCAGAGGAUGUCCUCAUGGGCAUCAGCGUUGUGCUCAUGUGGGGGACCGUUGCAUCUGUCUUGAUGAAGGCAUAUAAUGGCAUUGGGCUCCCUGGAUGGCAGAUUCCCCCAGAACAAAAACAUUUACUCAAUUUGGGCUCGUUUCUAGUGCCCAAAUUCUGGGCCAGCUCGACCGCGUGCUGCAAAGUCGCCAUCAUUCUCUUCCUGCGCCGCGUUGUCGGCUUCACGCGCUCCAUCAACACGACUCUCGUCGUCGUGGCCGUCGUCUCCGUGCUGUGGGCGGUGGCUGCCAUUCUCUUCUCGACCUUUGUGUGCAUGCCCAUCUCCUUCUACUGGGAUAAGUCGAGCCACAACGGCCACUGCAUGCCAAAAGACCACUACUUGUUGGGCAACAUUGUUUUUGCCGUGAUGAAUAUGGUGGGGGAUAUCACCAUCCUCGUCAUUCCCUUGCCGACGCUGUGGAAGUCGCAGAUGCCCAACAAGCAGAAAAUUGCCAUAACUGGCGUUUUGAGUAUCGGUCUAAUCGUCUGCAUAUUCAGCUUGAUGCGAGUUGUCCAAUUCUUCUAUUUCGACUUGGACCACAUCUCCACUUCGAGCGCGUUGGAAACUCUUUGGACUACGCUCGAAAACGAAUUUGCCGUCAUCUGUGGUUGUGCCCCCCAGCUGGCUCCCUUGUUCCGCGGCUUGCAAUCCUCACGCUCCUGCAAGACAAAGAGCUCCGGCUACGCCGGCAUGUAUGAUACAUCGGUACUAGGCAAACACGCCAAGAUGAGCAUCAUUCAUACCACAGUCAGCGGCACAGCCGCCGGUGAGGCCAUACUAGGUCUUCGAACAGCGAUGAGAGACGGCAGGAGCUCGUCCGAGGUGGAGCUCAAGGGUAUUGAAGUGCAUACAGCAAUUGAUCAAGAAAUAUCGGCAGAUGGAUGCCGACAUCAUGAUCCAGGGCGUUUGUUGACGGUUGAAAGUGGAAGAUAUACCCGCAUUUAG